AUGGGCUAUGGGUUUGAGGAGGUGGAUUCAAGGGAUCCGAACACAUCUGAGGUCGUUCUGUGUGCUGCUCAGACAGCUGAAGUUCCUUCCGUGAACAGUGUUCAAAUGUUUGAUAACUAUGACCCCGCUUCACAAGGUGGUUGUGAGUCUCCCCAGGGUGGUGCUUUGCUGAAGACGGUGGCUAACCCGAGAUCUGCAGAGCUGUCAAACGUGCCGGUGAUGACAAGGGCAGAGGAGACAAUCCCCUCCCCGUCCUACCUCCUCCUCUCCUCCGCCCCUCCUCAUCCCGCCCCCCCUCCUCCCAUCCUCCUCCUCCCUCUCCUCAUCCUCCCUCCGUCCUCGUCACCUCGUCCUCCCCCUCCUCCUACCUCUGCUCCUCCACCCACUCCUGCCCCUCCUCCUGCCCUCCCCUCACUCCUCUCCUCCCCCACUCGCCCUCCCCCCCUCCCCUCCACCCGUCUCUUCCUCCUCCUCCUCCCUCCUCCUCGAUCUACUCCCGCCCCUCCUCCUCCUCCUCCUCCUCCUCCCUCCCCUCCUCCUCUCGCUUCGUGCCCUGCCUCCUCCUCGCCUCCUCUCUCCUCUCCGCCUCCCGCUCCCUCCCUCCUCCGUCGCUCCCUCCUCUCCUCCUCCUCCCCUACUACUCAUCCGCUCCUACCUCCCUCUUUGGGUUCGUCGGUCCCCAUGGGAGUGUCUCCCGCUGCCCCCCUCUUGUCGGCUUUGUUGUUUCCCCGUCAACAAGGUGGUUGUGAGUCUCCCCAGGGUGGUGCUUUGCUGAAGACGGUGGCUAGCCCGAGAUCUGCAGAGCUGUCAGACGUGCCGGCGAUGACAAGGGCAGAGGAGGCCGGAGAAGAGGGCUCGGGUCUGGCCGUGGAGGAUGGAUCGGCUGCUGCGUGA